UGCCAGGUUGGGCCGUGUCUGCGGUCGAACUCCUUCUUGAUCUGCGCGGCGAUGUCCUUCUCGAUGUUGUACUUCUCGAGCGCGGCGGACGCGAUGUCCACGCUCUCCUGCUGCAUCUCCUCGCUCAUGUCCACGUUCUUGAUGAUGGCCUUCGGGCCUGCGCCGCCGACCGCGCCGGCGUUGGGGCCGGAGCCCGUGUCGGUCGAGGAGGAGGUGGGCGCGUCGAGCUUGUCGGCCAUGGUGCUGGGGUAUGCGUGUGCGGCGCGUGCGUGUCGGGGGUCGUGAGUCUGGGGGAUGCGGUCAGCGGCGGCGGGGAGGGGGGCGAGCGCGACGACGACGUGCCUCGUUGGUCGAGCGCGGGGUGGGGGAGGCAGACAAGGGCCGCGGGCGGAGUCACUAUAAACACGGCAGGCGGCGGCACGUGGCGCGGUGUCGUGCUGCGAGCACAUGGUGCGCGAGGCCUGCGAGCCCGAAACAGAUCCCGUCCCGUCCCUCACCUCACCCAGCACCGUCGCCCCCACGGCCAGCCCGUGGGCCUGCGAGCCGCGCGCGGAGGGGGGCACCGAGGGCGCGCAAUCAGAUGCGAGAAGCGCUCGAGUGUAUUGUGGCGCGGCGCGUCCCGGAGAGCUGCACGCGCACUGUGCUAGCCCCGGCCAGAGCCCAUGCGCGGGGCGCGCGACGCAGCAGGCUCGUGAGGCCCCACGCGGAGGCUGCGCCAGGGCGUCGACUGCGUGGGGGCGUACCCGCGCAGAUAAAGCGACGGCGUGCGAUGGGUGGCAUGUCUGAGGCUGAAUGGGCGACAGACGCACCUCGAUGGCCAACAAGCUGUGGCGAACAGCCUGCGCGCUGCGGCUCAUGCGGAGGUACGUCUUCUAUGUGUAGCGGGGCCCUAUUCGGGCUACUCGGCCCUUCAAACGGCCCUCCUCCAGUCAGACACCGUCCAUUAUGCCAGGUACGGGCUGCCCGGGUGCCACAAUUUACAGCCAUUUCCAACUCGUCGGCGAGAGAGGCCUCUGACGUGCUCGAACUACUAGCUGCCGACUGCUUUGUUCCGUGUUUUUUUGCUAGCUCCCGAGACGCAUCUGCUUCGCUCGGCCCACCGCAUGGUUGUGGCCAGAGAUACGGUCAUCUGGACCUGUACUCGGUGACUUGUAUCGCUCUCGGCGGCUUCGCUAGUGGUCUGACUCUUCCUCCUCGCUUGCCGACUCGAGCUGCUCACUCAUCGACACAAGGCUUCUACCUGUACAGGCAACUCGGACUCCGUCGGCAGAAUAGGGCUUGUGCCUCAAUCACGGGCUUCAAGCGCAUGGACUGGACUCUUCUAUCGUAAUCUCUCGUUCAUCUGAGAGCUUUCUGGCGUCCGGCGCGGUACACUCCGCAUGAGCGACGAGCUUCGCCAACCCUGGUCUAGGCAAUGUUCGACUUUCCCGAGGACGAAUGUGUAGGACUGGACAUACGGCGACCUAUCUGGAAAUCUAUUCGCUGGCUU